GCGGGGAGACUUGCGGAUUUCCUACUCUGGCCCAACACGCCUGCCUGUGCCGCAGCCCUUCGCGAUGGCUUUUCUUUCUUUCUUCUCCUCUUAUAUUAUCGUCCCGCCGCCGCCGCUGCCGACGGCGAGCUCCAGCGGCGACUCGAGCCGCCGUCUCAGACCCUAAGCCCUAGUUCCAGCCCACCCAGUCCUUGACCAUGGAGGAUGCCCUCGCGCCGCCGUCUGUGGCGCCGACCCCCUCCGCCCUCGCUGCCGCUGCCGUCUUCACUCGCCGGCGGUCACACCUCGACAGCGCCUCCUUCCGCACGCUCUCCCGCCUCUUCUCCCACUGCCUCCACAUCAACCAGUCGCCCUGCGGCAUAGCGCCGCCCGAGCCCGAGCCCGUCGCCGCGGACCCUGUCGGUGGGGACUCCGACGAUUCCCCAGAAAGACCUAAUGGCGCCGAUUGUGAUCGGCUGAAGGAUGUGGAAAUCGAGGCGGCGGAUGCGGGAGGCCUUUCGCUCUACGGGGCCGUCUAUCAACCGGCCGCGGCGAACCCUACCCUCGACCUGGGUGAGUCUGAGGCGCUGAAGCACGAGGGUGCGGACGCGGUACUUGUCGUAGAAAGCACCUCGGGUAUGACCAGAGCCGAGGUGGAAGAAUCAGCAGCACUUGUCGUAGAAAGCACCUCGUGUAAGACCAGCGCUGAGGUGGAGGAGUCAGCAGUUGUAGCUGGACUGGUGGCGGUGGAGGACUUAUCUUUGAAGUCGGUGGAGUCUCUCUUGGGGACGAAAGUCGAUGAAUCGGUAGAGGUAGCAGUGGGUGAUGAUGAAGGCCGUCUUCUGCUUGAAGCGAUGAUGACAGACUUUACAGGGUUGAUUGAUGAUGUUGAUGCUGGAGUGAUAUCAGCACAGAGUUGUGCAGUUUCUGCAGGUGACCUGCAGAAUAGCAAGGCAUCUGAGGAGUCGAAACAGUUGGAUGGUGGGAUUGAAGAGGGAGAACCACUUAGAAACUGUGAUCAUGAGCAGAACGGUGGUGGUGGUUUCGAGGAAGGAGAGAUUGAGGGCGAGUUUCAGGAUUUUGGUUCAGAAGAAUCUGUAGAUUCCGAGCAUGGAGAUGAAGAUGGUGAAGAUGAGAAAUUGGAAGGCAAUUCCAUCAGUAGAGGCUCAGGGCCAGAUAAAACUUGUGAUCAUGGCACACAGUUUGGGAAUUUGCACUCAACACCUGAAAUCGGAAAUGAUGAUCUUAUACUGAAUAGGGAUGCUAUUGUCAGAGGUGAUGCACAAAUACCUGUUACCAGGGCUCAAGCUGUCACUUAUGAUGAUGUUGUGGAUUGGAAUGAGAAUCCGCUGCCUGACAAUGAGGCUCCCAACCCUGGGAAGAAGAGAAAACGCACUCAGACAGAACAGAGGAAGGCCAAAAAGACGAAAAAUAAAAGAAUCAACCGGGCACUGCAACAGAUAGCUGAUGGAGUUAGAAGACCAAAACUUACUCGUGUUAUAAAGCCAAAAAAACCUUGCUACUUCUAUGACCAUGGGAAGUGCCAGCAGGGCAAUAAUUGCAAGUAUUCCCAUGAUUUUACACCUUCAACAAAAUCUAAGCCCUGCACACAUUUUGCAUGUGGUUCUUGUUUGAAAGGAGAAGGGUGUCCAUAUGACCAUGAGUUGUCAAAGUACGAAUGCCAUAACUAUAAAAACAAUGGCAUGUGUGCCAGAGGUGAUAAAUGCAAAUUCUCUCAUGUGAUGCGAACUACAGAAGGUACUCCCACACAAGAUGCAAAGACUUCUGAUGUUUCACUGGCAUAUGAGAAAACAAACCUCAGGGAGCAUACAAGAAGCCAGAAGAACACAACAGUUCACAAUGGUGCUCCUAGUAGUUCUAUCCUUAGAAACCUCACUGGUGUCUCCAGCAAAUCUCAGAAUGUUUCUAAUCGUAUUCCAAAGGGCGUGCAGUUUCGUCCCUUUGGUAAAGGUCAAUCGAAUUUGAGCAGCCUGCACCUGGAUGCUUUGUCCAUGGAGAAGCAAAGGAAUGCAAAUGGUACUCAGCAUAACCUCGGAGGACAUGAAGCAGAAAGGCAAAAAAUUGUGAAGCAAAAUUACCAGAAACCUAAUCUACUGCUAGAAGAUAAGAAUUCAUCGAAAGAAGCUACUAGGCAUCCAUGUUCAGACCUGAAAAAAACUACUUUACCUGUUGAUUCUAUUGCAACACCUGGAUCAAUACAUACUCAGCAUGAAGUCUCAGAGGCUUCUAGGAUUUUGCAGGAGUUCUUGUUUGGUGCUGGCAGUUAGAGGAAAAAGAUGGCACAUGUUUACUAUUUCUCUAGUCUUCAAAGGAUGACUUUCGUGGACUCCGUGAACAAGUUCAACCCACACUGUAGUUACAUGGAGCAAAUAGUUGGAUGAGCUUACUGAUGUCAUGGAAAAGUUGAACCUCAAGUCACGAGGUAGCACAAUGGGACUUGAUGUGUCAUUAUUCGGUUCCUAACAAGGGACUGUUUUGUGAGGCACCUCCCCUCCUGUCAGGCCAGGGAACUCGGAUUCCUAUUCCUCCAUGCAAGAGCUUUUACGUCCGUUUGCCACAUGAGAAUGGCAGGCAGCUAUCGGGGCUGGAGUUUAGUCUUGGAUCAUCAUCAUGAUUCGGGACACAUCUGUGGCAGACUUGUUGGGUACCUUUGCUGGCGACCAACAUUAGCCUGGUGCAGUGCAUGGUCUGGGCUUUGCAUGCAUGCAUGCAAUGCCCCCGGGAUCUCCGUUCCGAUCUCUUGGGUUCAGAAUUACUUGUGAAGUAUUAUAGCUGAAAAGAUUGUGGUACGCCAUAGCAGAUGCUGAAGGCCCCAGCUUUGCCAUGGAAGCAGGCAUGUGAGCUGUGUCCCUCUACGCCUGACCGUCGUCACAUGACCAGGUGACUGUGACGCUGUUUCUCACUACUACAACAGCCAAGUUUGUUCUGUCCAUCAUAUGAUGGUGUCCAAUCCAAUUCCUUUGAACAAAUUACCCUCAAGGUCUCCGCAGUAAAAUCCACGGCUCCAUGCUCUGUUGUUUCUUUGUGUGUGUGUUUGCGCUUUGCGCUUUGCAUCGGCGCGUGUGGGAGGAGUUCACAACUUCACAUGCAACUGUCAUUUUCCAUUUACCAAGAAUCCGGGCUGAGGUGUGUGUGUGGUUGUUAUCCUGAUUUGCUAAGUAUUACUGUCACUGUCACUCCCGAAAGGAAAGCAAGCAACUGAGUCGAAAUUAUGGUCUGAGCGACUUGUGCGCCUCAA